UGCAUGAAACAUUCUAGUCGGAGAAUUGGUGAAUUCAAACGAAAAUUGUCAAAACGACUGAACUCGAUGAAUAAAUUAACUUGAGUUCGAGAGAACCGUAUGUAAAUCGAAAAGUGAAAUUUCCCGCUGGUGAAUCGUCUCGAGUCUGUGCCGAACGUUGGCGAAACAUCUCAAAAUUUUCUUCAAACUUGGUCAAUUGAUACCUGGCUGCGGCAGCAUAUCUUUACAACCGUCUGUCAUCAAAGCAUUAGACAACGAAUUGAAUCCCGAAGAAUCAGUUAUAAAUACCGAGGUGUGCGAGCUCUACGUUAUUGCAUAACAGAGAACUUGAAGGACCACCAGGAGUACUUGAGUCUCCAACAUGAACGAAGAAGGGAUCAUCGUCCUGUUACAGGAGAGACUGUGGCAACUGCAAGUCCAGUGGCAGUGGUUACAGCAACGGCAGAUGCAACCUAACAAUAAAAGUGUUAAUACACCGUCGGUAGAAGCUCCAGACAUACGACCAGGAGAGUCUUGUUGUUUCGAUGGAGAAACUCGGAAAAUGACUGGAAAUCCAAAAGACAAAACUGUAAGCGAAAAAUGUGCCAUGCAAAACGCAACUCAACAGGAUGUCGAGGAAGCCGACAAUGCGCGGUCAGCUCUUAAUUCAGCAAACCUUUUCAUCAGGUCAACCCUCAUGGAGUUUAUGAGCAUCUUCAGCGAAGUUGUUGCUUACACCGCCCAGGUCACCUCCGAGGAAUUCAGAGCCCUGCAAGAACUAGCAAGUGAUCUAUCGAACUCACGAGAACAUGCGCGAUACCUUCACAGACAAGAUUCAGAAAUUAUCAAUGGUCGAAACCCGCGCGGUAAGUCGAAGUCCGAGUUCCAGCAGCAAUGGGAACUGCAAGAGAAUUCUGAGCAGUUUCCUGGACAGGACGAAAGAUUCGAUGAUUAUAAUUAUCAUCGCAAGACAGGCUGCAUCAACAAACCAACAGCGCGGGAUUGUAGACGUACAGAAGCGAUAACAGCAAGGUACGCUCUUGCGGAAUCAAAUUCAAAAGUAGUAAAGGACAAUCAUAAUAGAAAAAAUAUUAGAAAUAAAACAAUAAAAUGCAACAGGAGCGCUCGAGAUGCACUGGGAUUUGAUGAAAGGAGGAAGUGCGUUGCUACGGAUGAUGAGGUCAAAAACAUGCGUCUGCAUCCUAAAUGCACAUCACAAUUGUUGUCCAACACCGCAACUGAUGUUUCAAGGCCUUUGGAAGAAAAAAUGGUAAAAUUUUUAGAACAAAAAGAGAAAAAUUUCCAAAAACCAUGCAAUCCUUCUCCUACAAACAAAAGGGGCCAUCAUGGAAGGAAAAUCAAGGAAGGCGAUGAACGACGUGAACAUUUCGAAAUGCUAAACAUCGAUGGCAUUUACUUCGAACUCGUUCGUUGGUCGCAAGCCAUAGUGUCGCUGCACCAGGAAGUUCUUGGCGCAGUGCACGUGUUGCACAGAGUACCUCCACGCAGGUGGAUGUUCUGGGUAGAUGAUGUUCUACACCUCGUAUCCCAGUGCAUGGAGGGCACUAGCAUAUUCUUGACUCACUGCUGGACCAUGCAAGACUACUUACCUCAACUCUCGCCAUCCCAGCUUGAGCAAAUUUUGCAGAUGACCAACCAUUGCUGGCACUCGCAGUCUCAGCAUUUAAAACAACGCUUCCGUGAAAGUCCAUGCAAACCAACGCAUUUCGCAAGCUCAGAUUUGGAAAAUACGUUUGGGGGUUCAAGGAACAAGCAAUGCAAUGGGAAUGAUCACAACGCUCCGAAACGAAAGAACAACCAAUGUGUGGGAGCAUACAAUGACGGUGGAUUAAUUGAACCGGUCAAAAGAACUGACCAUGUUCACUCCGGAAUAAAGGAUCAAAAAGGCACAGAAACGCUGUCUGGAAUCCAAAACAAUUUGCAGGAGGCAGUAUUAAACCGAGAUAUGGGAGAACACAAAAUACAAAAAGCGAAUAUCCGUAAGGAAUUGGCUAACAGAGCCCAAAAAGCAAACAAAGUUGGACAGCAACCAUCACAGUCUAAGCCAUCACCACAAGACUUCAAUGCUAAGCGGUUCAGGAUAGUUCACCACAUGGGUAUUGUCAAUACGUCUGCAAUAAAUCUGAUCCACAGAAUGGGCGAAGAACUGGCCGUCGCGUUGUCCUUCCAGAACACAACAAAUGCCCCCGAAUUAAUCCUUCCCCAACAGCAAGAACCUUGCUUCAUCUGCCACGGUAGGAAGCAAGAUCAAGUAUACGAUGGGAGUUCAGAAGAACAAAAUACGCGCAGAUGUGAUGAACUACAGUCGCAAUGGAAACAGAGUGAAUGCAGUACCGGGAGCCUAUGGAAAACACAACGAAUUCACUCUGAUGACCAAGUUGAACUCCGUGAUAGCAGGGUGGAAGAUAACAUGGAUGGGCUCUGCAAUAAUUCGGAAAAGCACAGUAUGUCCCGAAAAUACCAGCACGCCGUCUGCCAUCAAGGCCAAAUUCGUGGCAGAUGCGGACAGGACUUGAAGGCUCGGACCCGGCAGUAUCACAACCGGCACCAUCCAUACUUCCCCAAGGGAUGCUUCCUGAUGACUGAAGAUGCCUGCAACGCUUCCUCAAGCUUCCUAUGCGACAGCAGGCAAGUUGAGAGCACGCAGCACGCGAGAUAUGAGGCAAAAAAUGCAAGAGUCAUAACAAUACAACUGAGACAUACUCAUCAUAAUGGUCUGCACGAAUGUCGAGAUUCAUUUAGCGAAACUCCUCAGACAUCGGCACGCUCUUCAUUGUCCAACACCGAAUCAGGACAACAAUCUGAGAUGGAUUCGCUGCUCAGUGCAAACCAAAGCAUCUGCCUUCCUUUCCAAUCAUCAGAACAUAUCAGUUCAAGUUCCAAGUUUUGCAGGAACGCGGCUAAAGAAUGCACCGUCAGGAUGACAGAAAAUGUCCCAUGUAUGACCCGAUGCAUCAAGUCACCGGAUCGGGAGAUUUCGUGUAGAUACUGGACAUCUCCACAAGAAUGGCUACGGCCAAGUUUCGGCAGUUCAACGGACGACUCAACUGUUGAUAAACAUUGCUUGCAACGUAGGUAUUUGUCGGAGCGCAGUCACGAUGUCGAAGUGGAAACGCCCCCGAUGUAUUCAUGGCGAGCGGAUAGCAGUACAGAUGAAAUUUUGUCGCCGUUCUGCGACAUGCUCUACCCGCCCAAGAAUUGGCAGACAUUGACGAAGGAAGGACGAGACUUGGUGGAAGAUUGGCAACGGUUGAGACAGCAACUAACGUCCGAAUCCUCGCUUCCUGUCUUCAACCAGAACAACGACCUUCGAAAGGAAUUGACAAGGAAAGCGCUGGGAAACUUUCUCCAGGAAAAUGAAACUUGUUUAAGUCUGGUAAUGCAAGAAAUCGAGCUACACCAAACACUUUGGCAGGCAAAACAAUACUUUGGCGACUCCAGUCGGCAGAAACAGGAGAACAACGCCGGAACACAGCUUCUCGAACAACUGUAUUCAGUAUCCGACAUCAACGAGGUUCUCAAUUCGUCGACAGCUGUACAUGAACACACGAUCAUCAGUGGCAGUCCUCAUGAAACUCGACAAUUUAGGCAUCAGACUAACGGCACGCCAUCUAAAGAACACAACUAUUUCAACCAGGACGAGAACAAAAAUGAAGGCAUAAGGCAAGGCGUAUCAAUCGACAAUGGGAUGGAAGCAGGUGGAAUGUUUCGAGUACGAAAGACAAUACUGGCACCUGAACCUGUCAAGGGUCCAGCAAGUCUACCCAGUCCGGUAUCCACAUAUGAUUCUACAUACAGUAAUAAUUUUGAUUCGAUGUCUUGUCAGGAUACCUCCGUGGAAGCCAAUUAUUGCGGACACAGUUGUCAGGCUCCAUGUAAGACGCUGGCACACAGUACGCCUGCAUCUGAGCGAUUUUCACUGCGAUGUGCAUCUCUCGAGGCUAACUACGGCACCCUAACUCCGCACAGCAACAAGACCACAACUUUACCUUCAAGGGAAGCCACGCAGACAACAAUCGUCGGUUCAAACGAGAAACACGCACUUGCCAUCGCGGACGCUCUGCUGGCCUCACACAGGAAAGCCUUCCGUCAGAUGCUCUUCCUUCGUCGCUCCCAAGGCAUUGAAUUCCCGCAUAAGCUUGUGAAUGAGAUGUGUGAUGGCUUGGAAGCAGCAUUGGAGCAGAGCAAAUUGAUGGUUAAAGCACGACCAACGGUUUUCGUCCGCGCAACAAACGAGAGAGAUCCAAAAGCCCAGGCAGCAUCGGCUGCUGAUCACCAUCAAACAAAAGAUAAACUUUCCGGCCAAGAGAACUUUGCGAAAAUUUUCGACAUGAAUACGCAAAGGUUGAAUGACCUGAAACUCGCUGACAUGGAUAAUGGCGAAAUCCUCGAUCAACCACGAACUACAAAACCGUGUUCAACAUCAGUGAAAGAUGCUUGUGAAGCGGAUGAGGAGAGCAAGACACUGAUAGGCAAGUUCGAUGAAGAAUAUCAACAGUCCAUGCGUACAUUGGAAGACGCCAUCGUAGAUAUUUUCAGUAUAAUAUCAGAGCAGGCCGGAGCAGAGUCUACCUCAGCCAACAAUGCUAUCACAAAUACGGUCACGACUCCAAAUGGGAAUCAUAAUUGCAAUCAAAAUAAAAAUAAGAUGCUUGAAACGGGCGAGCUCGCAUCAGUUGGAUAUGAGAAGAAUUGCGGAGCAAUUGAGGAACAUAAUUUCCAAACUAAAGAACAAAAAACAGGAAAUAAUGUUGAUACUAUGAAAGAUAAACUGGAUUGUGAACACCACAUCACAGACACUAUUGGAUCACGCACGGUGUCGAGAGAACAAGAAACAACUCACAGAGAUGCCAAGCGUGACGCGAGCACAACGGUAAAGCCCACGAGAGAAGCGUCCGGCUGUUCCCAAAUCCACGGCCGUCCACUGACAAAUCCAACAAUGGUGUCUGAAAAUUAUCGGAACAUUAGUACUACUGAGCAUGGAGAAUUAUCUGAGAUGUUGGAUGGAAAGAAGUAUGCAAUGAGGCUUGAGAAAGACGGGGAGUUGUGGCUGCAGCAAGAAGGCGCGUAUCACUGGCUGAGCCAUCAACACGCCUCUACUCUUGCAGCUGCGCACCUCUUGGCGGUCGCGCUCCUAGCAUGAACCUUGGGGAACCUUCUGAUGUCAGAUAAUAAAUCUCAAUGAAAAUCCUGAGAAAAACGUGGGGAGCAACAAGUUGAUUUUCGUGCCUGAAAUGAUUUGAAUAAGGCACAUAUUAAAAGUCUUCACCGGAGAAAUACGAGGGGAGCAUCAAGUUUAUUUUCGUACCUGAAAUGAUUCGAAUAAGGCACACAUUUAAAGUCUUCACUAAGAGAUUAUACGAAUGGUGGCUGGACAAAGGAUAUUUUUUGAAGUAUGGCACAUUAAGUUUAUGAUUUAAGUUUUAAAAAGUUUUUUUUUCAACUGUUUAAAAGAGGUUAAAAAUCUUUUUUCAAGUUUUGCCCCUAAAAGGUACAGUUUUAAUAAAGCUUAAGUUAUUGCUUUGCGGUACAUACGGAUAUAUAGGUUCUCUCAGCAUGGAGGUUAACUUAGAAACGGAAAAUGAUUACAUGGCGUCGAGAACUUUUGUCGUGAUUUUACGUUAUGUUAACCACGUUUUACAUGUGUGUUAUUUACACUUUUACUUGUGUGUUACUUUCGUUACGAAUGAAGGAAAUGAAUGUUGCGCCUAAUCAUUGCCCAAGAAGUGCGGAGUUAUUAAUCGUAUGAGCUUCUGAAUAUUGCUUCAAUUGAGUAGUUAUUUCAAUCAACAGGCGAAACAUAAGCGCGAACGACGUACAAAAUGCAACUAGCAAGAACUCUAUUUUGGUAAGUAAAAUAGAAGACGAUAUACAUGCUAGAAAUAAUGAGAAGAUCGCCAAGGAAGAAAAUUUUUGAAGCGAGUGAUUUUCCAGUCGUGGUUUGCUAAGCUGGAGUGUCCAUAACAGGAACCUGCAGCAAUAAUAAUUAUUUCUAGUUAGAAUGCAGAGAUCAAUUGAAAUCUACAUUUUCAAUAUGACUGACAA